GUAGCUAUAUAGCUACCCAGGCUACAAGUAGCAGUCCAAGUGUGGGUUGGCAGUGCUGCAGCUAUGGACAACUCACACGAGGUCUCAGAAUUGGAACAUGGACGUGGCCUCCUCAAGCCCUCCUCCAAUAAGGAGGUUUUGAAUGGCAGGACUCUGCAAAAUGUAUCGUCUUCCAUUUUGCGUACGAAAUCAGAACCAGUUCUUGUUUCAAGCGUUCGGUUUCAAAUGCUCAGGCUUUUCUUGGCCAACCUCCAAGAAGUCAUUCUUGGAACUAAGCUGGCUGUGCUCUUCCCAGCCAUUCCUCUUGCUAUAGCUGCUGAUUUUUAUAAAUUUGGCAGAGCUUGGCUAUUUGCUUUGAGUUUACUUGGACUUACCCCACUUGCAGAACGUGUCAGCUUCCUCACUGAACAAAUUGCAUACUACACUGGUCCAACAGUUGGAGGGCUUCUUAAUGCAACUUGUGGUAAUGCAACAGAGUUGAUAAUAGCAUUGUUUGCUCUUUACCAAAAUAAAAUACAUGUCUUGAAGUACUCCCUAUUGGGUUCCAUCUUGUCAAACCUCCUUCUUGUUCUUGGGACCUCUCUGCUCUGUGGAGGCUUGGCCAACCUGAAAAAGGAACAAAGAUAUGAUAGAAAGCAAGCUGAUGUCAACUCACUACUUCUACUGCUGGGGUUGUUGUGCCACAUGUUGCCACUAACGUUCAGAUAUGCUAUAGGGGAAGGCCCUGUUACUUUCUACUAUACCCUUGAGCUGUCUAGAGCUAGCAGCAUUGUUAUGCUCUUAGCAUAUGUUGCUUAUAUCUUCUUCCAGCUGAAAACUCACAGGCAAUUGUUUGAAUCUCAGGAGGAGGGAGAAGAAGAAGAAGAAAAGGCAGUGAUAGGAUUUUCGAGUGCAUUUUCUUGGUUAGUUGGCAUGACAAUGAUUAUAGCAUUAUUAUCUGAGUAUGUUGUGGGCACAAUUGAGGCUGCAUCUGAUUCCUGGGGCAUUUCUGUCAGCUUUAUUAGCAUAAUCUUGCUACCCAUCGUGGGGAAUGCAGCGGAACAUGCAGGAUCAAUCAUAUUCGCUUUCAAGAACAAGUUGGACAUUUCUUUGGGCGUUGCACUGGGAUCUGCCACUCAGAUAUCGAUGUUUGUGGUCCCUUUAUGUGUGGUUGUUGGCUGGAUAAUGCAUGUCCAUAUGGACCUUGAUUUCAGUCUUCUUGAAACCGUUUCUCUUGCUUUUACAAUAAUUAUCACAGCCUUCACUUUACAGGAUGGAACCUCACACUACAUGAAAGGAGUAGUUCUUUUUCUGUGUUACAUUGUUAUAGCUGCCUGUUUUUGGGUUCACAAAAUUCCUCAGAAUCAAAUUACUAUUGGGAAACCAUUCGGUGGAGUAUUUUCUGCUUAGGUGGGAAGACAUUUGGGAUUUAAACCCAAAUAAAGGAAAGUGCAGCUGUUAAUGACAUGAUUUUUAGAGUUUGUUGAUCAGCAUUGGAAAAGCAGUGGGAAGAUUUGAUCGGCAUUUUGGUAAUUGUUAGGGGGAUCAUGUGGAAUAUGAGAGCUUAAUGGGAUUGAUAAUUUUGGAAUUAAUUUAAUGGGAAUUCCAUAGAACAAAAAUGUUUUUAUAAAGCUCUCUCUUUAAUUUAUUUCCUUGUAAUAAGGUUUUUGUUACUGAUUUUAAGUUUAAAACAGCUGGUUCUUCUC